GGUUACACACACUUUAAAAAAAUCGAAAAUAGCCAGCGUGUAGGAUUUUUUCCCCCCGAAGAUGCCAAGUAGUACCGGUGACGGGUCUUAUCAACGGAAGAGGAUUUGCGAUAGUGAAAUGAAUCCUUUGCAGUUUAUAUAAGUUUGUGAUACAAAUAGACAGGGUCGCAUUGAAAUGAUAAACUUAAGCGCUAAUGUUAUAGCUAACUUAGGCUAGAUAUAAUUUAGCGAUAGCUGACAAGCUAUCGUAAGCGCAGAGAAUGUAUCUUUAGCUAGCUAACUAAAUGGGUAAUUAAACUCCUAGCUAGACAACAGCCUAAGGAUAUGAGUUUGGCUGGGGACAUUUAUACCAUGAUACUUGUUAACGACAACGUUCAGCAAUGCUGAAUAAUUUAACUUUAUUGAUAGAUAGCUGCCAGUUCGCUGCAAUGAAAUUAUACGGGUUGUGGUAUGAAUAAAUCAGAGUUGUAGUUUAACUCUGGCUACUUUACAUUAAGGAGAAGGCGCAAAAUGGAGCAGAGUGUCCGUAAAAGGAAGAACAUUUUUACACUCUUACAUUUGGAGGAACUGUACCGUUAGUUGGAUACCCCAGCUGCUACAUUUACUUUUCAGAGACAUUCAAACUGCCAAGGUACCCGACUUAAACUCCUUGGACGUCUGCCUUACAUCAGCUCACCAACGAAGUUAAUUUGACACCAAUCCGCAAGAUGAUGUAUUCUUCGCGUAGGAAACCAGUCCUUUAUUUCAAAGAAGACAAAAGCUCAAACUCCAAGAUGAACAGACAAGACACUAAUCCGUUUUUGACAAGGAAGUGCACAGUGUUUAAGCUGUUUGGCCUGUGCUUGCUCCUGGUGAUGGGCUCUCUGCUGUGGCUGCAGUUGAGCUGCUCUGGAGACCUGGGCCAGCCCCCACCAGGCGAGCCCCCACCCCAGCACUGCCCCGAGAGGCUUCCGCUCAGCCAGGACAACCCGGGCUGGGGCCCCCACAAACUGGCCCUGAUUAUCCCCUUCAGGGAGCGCUUUGAAGAGCUGCUGGUCUUUGUGCCCUUCAUGCACGCGUUCCUCAACAAGAAAAGGAUACGACACAAGAUCGUUGUGGUCAACCAGGUGGACCACUUUCGUUUCAACAGAGCCUCCCUCAUUAACGUGGGCUAUCUGGAGAGUGGAAAUGAGACAGACUACGUAGCCAUGCACGACGUGGACCUGCUUCCCAUGAACGAGGCCUUGGACUACAGCUUUCCAACGGAGGGGCCUUUCCAUGUGGCCUCUCCAGAGCUGCACCCCAUCUACCAUUACAAAACCUACGUAGGCGGCAUCCUGCUCCUCACCAAACAACAUUACCAAAUGUGCAAUGGCAUGUCCAAUCGGUUUUGGGGCUGGGGAAGAGAGGAUGAUGAGUUCUUUAGGAGACUCAAGACUGCUGGACUGCAGCUUUUCAGGCCAAAUGGGAUAAAAACGGGUUACAAGACCUUCCGCCACAUCCACGACCCUGCAUGGAGGAAGAGAGACCAGAGGAGGAUAGCAUCUCAGAAACAGGAGCAGUUUAAGGUGGACCCUACGGGGGGGCUGACUAACAUGCGCUACACGGUGGAGGCCAGGCAGGAGUUGACCAUCAGUGGGGCUCCCUGCACAGUCAUCAGUACCAAACUGGAGUGUGACCUGGAUGACACACCUUGGUGUCAGUUCAGCUAGUCCGACCCUCUUCUCGCUAGAACAUUGACAUCAUGGGAGUGAAUGCUGUCACUUUUCAUUGAAAAUAUUUUCAUUUUAUGCAAAUGCUAAAGUGCUCUAUAGCUGCCUGAUUUCCUCUCCGAACAAGCUGGCUGAAUCUUGUGACUAGAUUUCAUGAACUGCACAGGAGUUUGAUCUAUUCCAAUUCCAGCAUUUUGUAUGGGUUUGUUUGUUUGUUUUUUUCUUUUCUUUUUGUUUUGUGGAGUCAAGUUACACCAUAGGAUGCAGCAGUGGCCUUUAUUUCACAGGGAUCCAACGGUAUCCUCAUGCAGUUGUUCACAUCUAUUGUUACGGUGAUUGGGGACAACUUAAACCUCUUGAAGCUGGAUACUAGGAUAUCACUGGGAGGACAAAAUCCUCAUACGCCCAAACGUGACAGAUGGUUUUAGGGUACUUUGGCGUGCAUUUGCACCUAUUUAUAUAACAUUAAGUGUCUGGAAAUUAUUUGCACAUUGUUUUAUUCUUAUAAAAUUCAUAAAUUUAUUUCAAUCCAA